AUGUACGAAUCACCAAUUAUCGACAAUUCCAAACUAACUACAUUUGAGGUGGAUGGCCUUGGGAAGCUGACAGCAUUGACAAUCUGCAACCGAGACUCUGAAGAGAAAUGCCAUCGCUUAGCAGGAAUUCGCUAUGCAAGACCACCCGUGGGGCAGCUCAGGUGGCGGAAACCUGAAGGCUUACCGGAUAAUUAUGAUCAUUCUGGCGACUACUCCUCUUUCAAAACAAUUUGUCCCCAACCUUUCUACAACAACAGAGGAGGUAAGCCCAAUCCUGAUUUCAAGUACGAUGAAGAUUGCCUUUUUUUGAAUAUUUGGAUUCCUUCAGGUGGCCCACCAUCCGGAGGGUGGCCAGUUCUGUAUUUCAUACAUGGCGGCUGGCUCCAAGUCGGUAAUCCUCUCCACUAUCGCCAGUGUGAUCCUCAAGACCUACUGGCCGAAGAAGGUCUGGAGAAAUUUAUCCUCGUCUCUCCAGGAUAUAGAUUGAACAUUUUUGGGUUUUUGUCCUGCCAAGAUCUCUUGAAAGAGGAUAGCGAGAACGCUAAUUUCGGUUUCUGGGAUCAGCGCUUGGGCCUUGAGUGGGUGCAUAAGCACAUUUCAAAAUUAGGCGGAAAUCCAGAAAAUAUAACAGUUGGAGGAGUCAGCGCAGGGUCAUACUCCACCAUUUUUCAAACCGCGUACGAAAUUUACCAUGAUGAAGUUCCCCAAAUUAUCAAAAAAGCUCUCCUUCUGUCAAACGGGCUGGCAAUUCAGCCUAAGACUGUCGAAGAAUGUGAAGAACAGUACCAAGAGGUGUUGAAGGUUUUCAAUGUUGAUCCUAGCCUCCCCAGUGCUGAAAGGAUAGAUGCACUGCGUAAUGUUCCCUUCAAAACAUUAGCUGAAAAGAUUCUUGACUUGAACCUUCACACUUUCAGAGGUGUUACCGAUAGUAAAAUGGUAUCCCCCAAUAUGUUCAAAGACAUUCUCAACGGUACAUUUGGAAAGAAGGCCAAAGCCUCAGGACUGUCGUUCAUUGUUGGAGAAGUGGUGAACGAACAUGCGGUGUAUGCAAAUACUAACCCUCCAAAGAGUACUGAAGAUUUAUUUAACCAAAUCAACAAUUAUUAUCCCAAGCCUGUUACCGAGGCCUUGCUUAAACUUUACCCCGAGCCACCCAAAGUUGAUAGCCAAGAGGAGCAUAUGGCAAAUAUCAAAUUUCUUUAUGGGAGGAUUAUCAGCGACUUACAAGUUUAUGCAUCUAGUCGAGUUCUAGUCAACAGUUUGGUAAGGGGAGGUGUCUCUUCGGACAACAUCAAUCGUUAUCAGAUAGCGUUUAGGGGGGCGUACUACGACAAAUAUGAGCCACCAGAGAUUCUUGUACCUCACGCGGGAGAUAUGGGAGUUUGGUUCUACAAUUUAGUUGACGGUAUUUCACAAAAUGAAAAACCGUUCUACCUGUCGUGGUUAGAGCCUUAUUGCAAGUGGCUAAGUGAUGGAAGCAUGAACUGGGGCUCGAGCGACCCUUUAGAAGUAAGAACUUUUAAUUCAGAUGGAUCAAUUACAGUUGAAAAAGACAAUAAUUGGGAAUGGGGCCUGACCGUGGGGGACGCAAUUGCCACUGCACUAGGUCAUUGA